GCAACUAAUGGGGGAACCGCGUCAGUUUCGCUCCAACUAAGGUGGGGGGGGGGGACACACGAGCAGGCGGGCGGACGCUUGGUUAAACGAGAGCGGCUGCUGCGCGUUCGUGACAUCACCCUUCCCUGCUUGCUUAUAUACUUAGGGGACAUCUGGAGCUCCCUUUAGGGUCCAGUUCUUUAAAAAUCAGCUCAAGGCAGCAGCUCUUUUUUUCUGCGCGGCUCUCUCUCAAUCCAGAUAGCUUGCCUUUUUGUAUAUGGACUUGACUUUAUAGAGAGAAAAGGGCGAGAGAGAGUGGAUGGCAAGAAUGGUGAAGAUGCAGUUGGUGUGCGCGAUGCUGCUGGCGUCCGCUUCCUGGAGCCUGGGCUCAGGUAAGCUCCCAGAUUCAGAAGAGGAAAUGAAAGCCUUAGAAGCUGAUUUAUUGACUAAUAUGUAUACAUCAAAGAUAAACAAAGCAAAAUCACCCCAGUGGAAACUAAUACUUUGGAAUAUUUGUGACUUCAUAAGCAACCUGAACAAUCCAGAAGAAGAAACAGGUGACCCUGAAGAAGAUUUUAUGAUGAGAAGACCAUUUGCUUCUACUUCUGAGAGCUUCACAUUGGAAGCAAUGUUGACACUGUAUCAGCUUCAAAAAGUCUGUCACACCAGAAACUUUCAGCAGUGGGAGUUGCUCCAGCAAGAUAUUUAUGAUCCAGAGAAUGCAAGUCAAGAUAAAGAUCUGAUGAAGAGAAAAACUCCAUACAUUCUGAAACGACAAUUACACGCUAACAAAGCCCGACGGCCAUACAUCUUGAAGAGGAGUUCAUAUUACUGACUCAGUCUUUAAAAUAAUGUACAUGUAGUUUAUAACUAACUAUGCUUUAUGUCUCCCUUAUUUCAACCUCAAAUCUUAUGUGUGGAAAUAUAUUAUAGAACGCAAUCAAGAUGAUAACAUAAUUGUGUAUUUUUUGCUAUUGUUGUUAGUUGAUUGUGAUGUUUUUCCUACUUAAAAUUAACUGGACAUUUACAAAUAAAUCUAGUUUCUAAGCAUUAUGUAUUGUAUGCCAUUGAUAAUAUUAAAGAAUUGGCAAUGUUAUUUAUUCUAUACUGCAUACCUGUUUCUACAAACCAUAGUUUGUAUGAAAGUAUAGUUUUAUGAAAAUUGUCCAUUUUAUGAUGUGCUAUAUUAUACAGUCUUCAUAAGCAAAUAGAUGAUUACUUAAAACAUUUUAAAAUAUCAUUAAUGAGUAUUCAUAUUAAAUAAUAUAGAAUUAAUAUAUUAAUAACAUCCCACCCAAAUUCGUUUGCUUGCAUUUCAGCAUAAGAACAGAUAAUGAACAUUUAAUUAGUUGACACAUUUGUCAGAUGGAAGAGUUUAAGAUGUUCAAAAUGGAAUAUAAAGUUUGGAGAAUUUAGUGGCAUAUUGGUUAAACAUCAGGGUUUUUUCCCCUACAGCUAGUAGGAAAAACCACCUAACUCUAACCAAAUGUAUUGUUGUAGCAGUUAAAGCAAGGUAACAACUAACACCAAACAUAACAUGACAAUUCUUUCUGUUUCAUUUUUUAAACUCUUUAAUUUUAUCUGCUUGUACGUAUUGCUUGUAGAUAAAAAAUUUGACAUUUGACGUAUUAUAGAUUAAGAAUUGAGGGAUGCGGUAGCUCAGUGGCUAAGAUGCGCAGCUCGUCGAUCGAAAUGUGGGCAGUUCAGUGGUUCAAAUCCCUAGUUCUGUGUAACGGGGUGAGCUCCCGUUACUUGUCCCAGCUUCUUCCAACCUAGCAGUUCGAAAGCACGUAAAAAAUGCAAGUAGAAAAAUAGGGACCACCUUUGGUGGGAAGGUAACAGCGUUCCAGGCGCCUUUGGCAUUUAGUCAUGCUGGCCACAUGACCACAGAGACGUCUUUGGACAGUGCUGGCUCUUCAGCUUUGAAAUGGAGAUGAGCACCGCCCCCUAGAGUCGGGAACGACUAGCACUUACGUGCGAGGGGAACCUUUACCUUUUACCUUAGAUUAAGAAUUUGACAAUUGAAUUGGAAAUGUGAUUCCUUGUUAUCAAAAUAUAAGGCAGAUUUGAAAAGAGAAGAAGAAAAGACCCUAAAAGUUAGUUAGUUAGUUAGUUAGUUAGUUAGUUAGUUAGUUAGACAGACAGACAGACAGACAGACAGACAGACAGACAGACAGACUCUAACAAUUGAAUCUUCUUGCUCCUUCUUUGGGAUUCCUAUUAUAAAAAUGCAUCUAAAUGAGCCUCAGCUAACAAUGCUAUUGUGUCAGUUCAGUAGCAAAGUCCAAGACCAAAUUCCUUUGACUCUAUUACCCGAGUUGUGUUUUUUAAAUGUGACAUUUCCCUCUCUGUUUUUCAUCUGUAUUCAAACACCCUAUGAUUGGUUAUAAAAACUAUGAAAGUGGCAUGCCUUAUUCAUAAAGCCUAAUGCAUGGAUUUUCCUUUCUGGCCUAUAUUGCCCAUGCAGGACUUCUUCCAGAGAUUUUGAGUUCUGAACCAGCUUAAAUGAAUCCCUAAUUUACUCUGCAAUUUGUACAAGGCAAAGAACAGUUGCAUAAUUAGGAACAAGCUAUUACACUAGGAAUGGGCUGCCAAUAGUUUGCAUGCCAUGUGAGUCCUUCUGAAGCUUCAUUAGAUCCACUCCAGCAUCUUAAUAUUGAGCCACUAAAGUUUGGUAGCAGAUAAAAGUUACAUUUUUUCACCCCCAUAGCAAAAGAGGCAAAAGACCUCCAGAAGACAAAAUGCUUUGCUUUGUAGUCUUAUUCCCAUCUCCCCCAAAUAUGGCAGCAAAAACCUGCAUUAAAAUUUUUGCUACCAAGGGGAAGAUGGUUAAAAAUGCGUAUGGAAGAGAUUUGUCUCCCAAGGGCCUUCUGCUUCCAUUCUCUCUCUUUGUUCUCCAUAUGUGGAAAAAUAAAUAAAUAUAAUUACAGCCCUGCUUUAGGAUUCCAAAAAGUUGGGAGGCAGAGUUAUGGCCUCCCUCGCCUCACACAUUGUUCUUUGCCAUCUUAUAGGUACAUACUGUAUCUCUACUAAUCUUUUUACAUGCUAAAGGCCCCUUUUUGCACGUCAUACCUCAACUUGACUGAAUUUUAAUAACAUUUGUCUAAGCUAUUGAAUAUUCUUCUUCUACAAUUUUGUAUUUGUUCUUUGCAUAUUCCAUUAAUAAAACAUACAUUGGGUUACCAGGGGCAUAGUUGGGUUACCCAAUUAGAUGGCAUAAGCAGCACUUCUGCAAAGAUCAAUGGAAUAGUGUCUCUGCCAGGAAUACUUCUUUUUCAAAGUACAAAGGAAACUUCCUGUACUUUUAUAUGCCAGGAAUUCUGGAGUAUGCAAAUAUACAAUAUCUACAGGCAUAUUUGCAUGAAAUGUAGAAUUCUUUUGAAAAUUUUUGUUAGAAACAUUGCAUUGCCAAAUAAAUUGCUUUCCUCUUUUUCAUAAUUUUCAUAGUGCUGACGUGUUGGACGUGUUCCAACACUGAUUCUCAACCAUGCCCGCAAAACUGUGACAAGGGAGGGAAAUAACAAAACAUAGUGUGGAUCUGCAACUUUCACACUUUGCUUUUGUAUGCAACUUCAUGAUGUAAAUAUGAAACAGUAGAACACUCACUAUGAUGUCACAAUAUCUUUUAAUUAUCUUGCUAUCAUCUUAGUUGCUCCAUAAACUUAUGUUCCCCUCCCUCCUUCCUCAUCAAAAAAACCAUCAAGAUUAAAAACAAAAAGGGUCCUUUUUCAAAGACGUGCAUAAUAUACAUUAGCAGUUUUACUAAAAUUAUCAGUUAUGGUAAGAUUUUAAGGAGAUGAAUAUUACAACAUUAUUGUUGGUAAGAAUUUUCACUGCUAAAACUGUAAAAUAACGUAAAACCUAAAUUGAGCUGAAGCAAUGUUUAUUAUGGGAAGAGUCGUCA